AUGAAAUCUCUAGACGAUGCCGCAGUCGAUGCUCUCAUUCGGGAGGAUGAGAAGCGGCUGCAGCAGUCUGAACUUCUCGACCACAGCGAGGCAGAGCGACGGCGCCUCUACUACGGUGCUGUCGAGCUGCCUAAGCAGCCGGAGAAACCACCACCGCCACCGCGUGCCCGGCUCACUGGUACAACGAUAGACACGCUGUCGGAUGACAUCGAAGAGUCAUUGGUGCGCGAAUAUAAGCGCCAACGGCACGGUGACAACGACGCAGAGGCGGAUCUUCGACGCGACGGCCCACCGCCGCCAAACUACGAUGGACCUUUCUUGACGCUCACAGAACGUGGACCGUACACGCGCUUCGAGGUGCUCGCGCAACGUCCACCGAUGCGGCCGCACGUGGGCGGAAAGGCAGUGGAGAAGCCCCGCAGUCGCCACUACCCGCGUCCGCUGGACAAUGCGUCCAAAAAAACCUGUAACAGUGGGCCAGGUGAUUCGCUUCGGCGGUGGAAAUACACGAUGGGUUUGACCAAUGAGUAA